AUGCACCGGGGACACGGAUUAUCUCCAAGAGCAAACCUCGCGACUUAUUUCCACCUCAUCUCUGGAGCUGAGCAACAGAAGAGCCUUGAGCACCACAGGCAGAUGAACCACACGACCAACGACAGUGAUGACGCACAGCAGUUCAAGAGGAGGAGGGUGUCUAAGGCCUGCGACUUUUGUCGGAGACGAAAGGUCAAGUGCAACGGCGAGAACCCAUGCAUUAACUGCUUCAAAAAUAACUUUGUCUGCAAUUACUCACUCUCCAGAAGAAAGAAGUCGACAGUGCUAUUGCUAAACAACGACAUCUACAAUGGCGAACAGCAGGUUAUUUCUGAGAAUCCUCGGGAAAAACUCCCUCUUGGGUCUCAAGGUUUUGAGCACAAUCAAAUUAGUCUUUUGACUGACCGGUUAGAUAAAAUGGAGACGUUGAUGCAAAAUAUUACUGACAAACUCAGUACUUUUAAAGAGGAUUUAAAGGAUGGAAACGCAGAUAAAAAAUAUAAUGCUAAUACUAAUUUAAAUACCAAUUCAAAUGCUAAUGACUCUAAGAAAAAAACCAAUAGAUUCAAUUUUCCUGUCCUUGAACAUGAAAACACUUCUGAAUUAUCACUCAAUAGCCCAAACAAAUAUUCACCUUUCAUUCCUGAACUUCGUCCCAAUGAAUUUAUUGGACCCCAAACAAAUUUCUCAAUUUUCAGUGCAAAGGGCAUGCAAUGGCUUCGAGAAAACCUCGGUUCAGAUGCAAAAGAAUAUCUUGAUCCCUUGAUGAAAUUGCCUAAAACCAUACACAAAGUAGUAAAAUCUCAAAUUAAAAAAUGGAGAGAACCUAUUAGCUCUGUUGAAUUAACUCCCCUUCCUGAUAAAUAUAUAACAGAUGCAUUGUUAGAACUCUUUUUAGGUGAAAAUUCCCCAAUUCCCAUCCCACUUUUAAAACAUAAAGAAAUGAAAGCGCUAUUCGAUCAGUACUAUCAAGAACAAGCUGGUAUAUAUUCAAAGAAUAAGUUAAAUUACUCUGAUUUUCUUCUAAUGAAUGUAGUUGUUACUGCAAGUUCCAGCUUACUUAUCGAUGCUAAAAAUGUCGAUGAAAACUUUAUAAAGUUUUUAAAACUUCCAGACAUACCCAUUUCAAAAUUAAAAGAACUCGAAAACAAACACCUAUUAAACUCGAUAUAUUACUUUAAUAGAAUAUCUAUUGUACCUGAUGGAAUUAGAUCGAUCCAUGGGAUACUUUUAUUAGCAAUGUACAAUGAAAUCACCUUUUCUCACAAGAUAUCCUACAUGUUGCUCUCAAUUGCUAUAAGAUUAUCUCAAGAUAUGGGACUACACAGAGCAGAAACAUACACUGGUUAUAGCGAAGCUGAAGCUUUUACUAGAAGAAUAACCUGGCUGGUCUGUUAUCAAUAUGACAAAGCUGUUUGUUUUAGAACGGGGAAACCACCAAUUGUUAAUGAUGCAGACGUUUCAUUCAAACUUGAUCUGGAUUUCACACUAGCUAUAUCUAAAUUUUAUCAAAUUGACGCGUCUCAACUUACUGAUUUCCAAAUUUCUUCUUAUUUUAAUGUACUAUACAAUAGUGAUAACACUGAUGUCGGCCGAGGGUUUUUAUUUAUAAUGGUAUUGUUGGGUAAAAUUGGAAUAAAAUCAUAUUUUAAAUUAUUCUCUGCAAGUGCUUUAGUAGGGAAAAGCCAAGAUGAAAUCGUUGAAAUAGUUGGCUCUUUAUUACAAGAACUAGAUGAUUUCCAAAAGAUACUUCCACCUCGAAUUCAAAUUGGAAACAACAUUCUUAAAAAUUUAUUUAAUAGUACCGAAAAUGAAUAUAUAAACAGCCACACUAAAAUGUUUACAGUGUUUGUUCAUUUUGUUUAUUACAACUUGGUCAUUCGUGUUAAUAAAAUUGCAAUGAGAGAUCCUUGGUCCACUAAUCUUACAGCUUCUACUAAACCAGAUCAACCAACAUCAAGCUCAUCUUCUGGAAACACUAAAAAGUUCAAUGAUAACGAAUUUUGUAAUAGGUGUUUAGAUGCCGCUAGACAAGUCUUGAAAUUAUGUUGGGGUCUUCCCCAGAGAGUAAACCAUUUAUUGUCUCUUUGUUUAUUUUUUCCCAGUAAUGCUCUAAUUCUAUUAUUCGGUUCCGUUGUUCAACAUCCUACUUCAGAAUCUGCUGCCGAUGAUUUAAACUUGAUGAUUCAAGCAUAUAUGAAAUUCUUCGCUGUUUGUCCGGAAAAAGCAAAAUUCCAAAUGGUUGAUUUGGCAGUGAGACAAUUAAUAAAAAUAGCAAUCAAAAUCUAUGAAAAAAAUAAUGGCGAUAAACCAUUUGAAAUUUGCGAUGAAGUUAAAGGUGAUUUAAACAGACCAGCUCAAGUGAUUGAUAGGUUAAUUGAGGAACGGAAACAAAGAGCACUUUCAAGCUUUCAACAAGAAAGACCGAAUAUUAAUGCUAAUAAUAAUACAAAAAAAUCGACGAAUAUUUCUGCAAUGAAUUCCAAUGCGAGAAGUGUUUCUUUGACUAAUGAUGCUAAUACUACAAUUGAUAAUAAUAACAUUUCUAAUAACAAUUUAAAUGGAAAUACUAAUCAUAAUUUAAAUAAUAAUUUCAAUGGAGCUUUUAACAAUUCAAAUGGCAAUUUUAAUAACAAUAAUCUCAAUUCAGAAAAUAUUAAUGACAAUAAUUUUAAUACUGGUGGGCAGGGGUUUUUCAUGCCCAAUAUUAAUGAAUUGAAUGAAUAUAAAAACGAAGUUGGCUCUACGACAUCAACUAGUAAUUUUGAUGAACAAUAUUUUGAUUUCAAUAACAAGACAUCUACGGAAGUUUUUGCAUUAUUUGAUUCAUUAUUUUGCUUACCAGAUUUUAUAAUAAACAAAGAUAUAAAUUGA